AUGAUGAUGAUGAUGAUGAUGAUGGUGGGUGGUAGUGGUUUGGAUUUAGCCGGGAGUCGAUGAGACGGUAACUUUACCUGCGCCUUCGUUAAUAAACGGGCGGGAAGGCAGCGGAGGAUCGGAGCACUGACAUUUCCAUUUCGCUCUCCCCUUUCUUCGCGCUGAUGUUGCAGUCUUCUGGCUCUGUCUGCCGCCGCCCGUUAUUUGUCAGACGGUGCUGCUCGAUGUGAAAGUCCGGCGGGGAAGGCUGGAGAGUCAGCUGGCAGGACAGUCGGGGGCCGGCAGGAGGCUUAUGUUGAAAGGUUAUUGAUCUGAAACGUUGUCACCCCUCAACCUGACCGCGACUUCAUAAAUCAGCACAAACGCAGAUCUACGUGCAAAUAAUUCCUAUUACAACUUGUCAGGGGCAGCAGGCUGUCCCUAUCUUUCUCUAAUCAACCACCUCUCCUCUUCCCCCGAGCCCCGAAAUACUCGGGCUUGGUGAAAGCCUCCUAGCUUCCAUCCCUACAUCUCAAAGAAAAGCAGUUUUCCUCUGUGUCUAAGGAAUCUACAAGUUCCAAGAAUGCAAACUUCAGUGGCAGUUCAGAGCCCUAUAUUAAGAGAAAAGCAGUCAUUACCAUUGCAUUUGAGUUUCUGUUAAAACUGCCGUAAGAUGCUACCGGAUGCUGCAUCUCUGCUCCUGCAUGAAGGCUGAUAAUGGUAUAACCAGUGAAAAUGAAAUCCAUGAAGUUUGCAGCGUUUUUAAACACCGUCUUAGGACUUUGCCUGAGUGCUAACCGCCUGAAGUCUACCGUUACAGCUUCAGACUCUUACAGCAAAUGCACAGAUACAUUGAAACUAGAGAACAUGCCUAUACUCCACACAUCUCCAUGAUGGUAUAUCCUGCUCUGAGCUGUCCCCAAGCUGUAUUGGAUUAAUAUCAUUCACUUACAACUUUUUCCCCUUGAUCUGAUGAAACAGUUCUGGUGCAAAUGCUGAAGGUAUUCAAGACUCUACAUGGGCUGAAGAAAAUAAGCCAGAACCACAAAAGGAACAACAUACCUGUAGCCAAAAGACAUAUGCUCAGAGAUGCUCUAUUUGCAAUCGGACAGAAGCUGGCAUAAACUGUGAACUUAAGGGCUUCAUGACAACUUAUCAACGAAAUUGCACAAGUUCUGACAGCGUAAUGCUCGUUAAAAAUAUUGACAAAGGAACUGACAGGUUGCAUUGCAAAAGCCAUAGAAGCCAUGAAGAAGAUGGAAGAAACAAGAAAGCCCAUGAAUCACCCUCCGACGGCUGCUGUAGCAGCAGUAGUGAGGAAAGUGAGAGGCCUAAUUAUACAGCAGAAACCUUCAAACAGAAAAUCAGGAACAAAGUGAAAGAUGGUGGACGAUCCAGAAAAUGCCAGAAAUCUCCUCCUCAUUUAUCGGAUGUUGAUGGAACCAUACAGGAAUCCAAUGUUUCCAAAGCAUCUUUCCAGGAACAUGGCUAUUUCAACGAAGCUAAAUUAUUUUGGACUAAAGUACGUGCCACUGGAAGUGUGGAUCAUUUAUUUGAGGAACUCAGUGAUGUGCUAAACUGCCUGAAACAGAAAAUCACAGAUGGUACAGCAAAUGACCAAGAUUAUCUGAAAGCUUUGAUUUUAGUUCGGAAGGCCGGAAUCCAUGACUCUCCACUUUCAUUUGAUAAAUCAGAAAAUGAGGAACAACUUCAGCAUGACAGUGAAGAGGAGAUAUCAGAAAAGGUCAUGAUUUCCGAAGAAAUGGAAGCACAAUCUACACCAAGCAGUUCCCUGUUUAUGCAAACAUCUGUAAUUAAAAGUGUGCCUUCCUCAGCUGCCUCCCUACCCUCUACAGAUGGAUUCAUCCAGCCUAACACUCCCAAUCAGUUGACUUUCCAACAGCACCAGUGCAGUAGUUUGUGUAUCGCAAGAGUGACACCUCCGGCUCCUGACCAUUUCAAAGGGGAAAAUCCAUUGAGAAUUCCCAUACUUUGUCAGUUUCAAAGGCGACAUGGGAAAUUGCAUUGGGAUACUGAGGUCGUGGAUCCUCCUCAUGUCACUUACAAAGCUCCCUGUGGAAGAGGUUUACGGAAUUUCAAGGAGGUGCGUGAUUACAUUUUUGAAACCCAGUGUGACUUUCUGACAUUGGAUUUCUUUUCUUUCAACACUUACGUCCAGCUUUCACGGACAAUUUCUUGCAAGAACCCAGUUAUUUAUGAAAACGACAUAAGCCAUGGUAUAGAACCUGUGCCAAUCCCUCUGUAUAAUGCAAUUGACGUCUCCAAACCACGGUAUUUUAAAUAUAGAAAAACACGGUUGCCUCACGGAUAUCUGAUUAGCAGUUCAGCAGAGAUGUUUCAACACAAGUGCAACUGCACAGAUGGCUGCAAUGACAAAUCUAGGUGUGCCUGCCAACAACAGACAGCAAAUGUCAACAAAAGAUUUAAAGGGGCAACUGGGUAUGAAUAUAAACGACUUCUCCAAAAUGCACCUUCUGGAUUAUAUGAAUGUAACAGAUGGUGCAAAUGUAAUGAAAGAUUAUGUGAAAACAGAGUUGUACAGCAUGGCCUUAAAACCCGACUGCAGUUAUUUAAAGCUAAAAAGAAAGGCUGGGGAGUUCGUUGCAGAGAUGAUAUUGACAAAGGAACCUUUGUGUGUUGUUAUGCAGGGAGAGUACUAAACAUUGUAAAUGCAGUGGAGAACCAGAGAAAUGAUGAAAUGAUUAAUUAUGAUAUUGAUGUGGGACGUAGCAACAUAGUAAAGCCUUCCAGCAAGGCAGAGAAAAACGGAUCACAUUUGGAAUCAGAUGGUGAACUAAUGGAUGCAAUGGAAGACAGAAAGACCGAUAUGAAAAUAGAAGAAGCAACUCCUUUUCAUAGAACUUCAGCCUUAAGUCAAAAAGGCAGGGAGAAGCCUGAAUGUGAAAAGUCAUGUUUUCAUAGUUCUGAAAAGUCAACAAAUAAAAGGCCUAAAACAAAGACAGCCCUUCUGCAGGCUCAACGAAGGCGGCUUCUGGAGCAGGGGCAGAUUUCAAUUACAUACAGCAGUUCAGAGGAAGACAACAGUGAACUAUCAGGGCAGCGAUCCAAAAAAGUCCCAAGAACACUUGAGCCAUUUUCACUAAAGCGACACACUACUCUGUCAGAUAAUCGACUUAUUAACAGUGAUAAAGGAGACUCAGACAAUAGAAGCUGUGUCGCUUAUGGAAUAAACUAUUCUGUUUCUUUGGGUGAAAAUCCAGCAUCUAAGACAUCAGAUGAAUGGGAAAAUGAAACAAACAACCAGAAGGCAAAUGUACAAGACAAGUUGAUUCAGAAUAACCAUCACAAAGAACAGGCUUCAGAAUUACAGAGAAUAUGUAAUGUUAAUGAACAAGGGAAUUCCUGUUAUUUUUUGGAUGCUACAAAAGAAGGAAACGUAGGCCGAUUUAUUAAUCAUAGCUGUGAUCCAAACCUUAUGGUACAAAGUGUUUUUGUAGAUACACAUGACAAGAAUUUGCCAUGGGUUGCUUUUUUCACUAACAGGUAUAUCAAAGCAGGAUCGGAGUUGACAUGGGACUACAGAUACUCGACAGGAAGCAUGCCUGAAGAAGAAAUUCCAUGUCUUUGUGGAUCUGUCAAUUGCAGAGAAAGUAUAGUGUGAUACUUGUAUCAAGUUCCAAAAUUCGUUGUUGUAUGGUUGAAAAAUGCAGAUGUGAGUCUGUACCACUUAUCAGUAAAGAUAUUACUAUCCAUUGGGAACCAUAAUGACAAUAAAAGCUUAUACAUUAGGUCUAAAUUAAUAUGGUCCUCCAAUUCCCAUUAUUUGAGCUUCUAAAUUUGGGUUGGACUAAUACUUCUGAAAGCUAUAAGCUUUUUAUCUGGUACUGCAAUUAUUUCUUGCAAUAUAAAUACAAAAAUUGAUUACCAUGAAUUUAUGGGCAGCACACAGUCAGGUGAAAUUUUUGUGUGUACUUAGCCACAUACACCAGAAGAUCCCAGAUUUGCAGUAUGAUAUGAUCUUGAGUUUUAGGGCAUCACAAUUAAUCUCCCUCUCAAAAUCUGUAGAGGAAAGCAUGCAUGAUGCUUCCAGUUCCUGUCUUAAUUGAGAUUCAUGCUGGUAAAUGCAUGCACAUAAAGAUUGGUUGAGAAUUCCAUGAUUCGUUCCCCCUUCCCACUCCCAAGCUCUAGAAUUACAGACAAGUAACUUAGUGACAAUCUUCAAAAGGGUUCUUCAUAGACUCUGAGAUAACAAGGUGACGAGCUGCAUGAACACAGCAGGCCAAGCAGCAUCAGAGGAGCAGGAAG